AUGAGUAUUUCCACUCAAAUAGCCGAAGCAGCCGUGAUCAGUGACUUGAAUGUCAUCAAAUUACGAGAGGGUUCGACUGCGAAGUUCGAUAACGAAUGGACAAAGGAGAACCUGACCUUAACAGUGUUACCUCCGCCUGACAAAGAUACUGUCCAGCCACUGCAAACAGGGGCAGUUGGUCUUGUGUAUAGAGUUGUACAUGAGGGUAUUAAAGGGAAAAUCAAGGAGUACGAUGGACAAGCCGAGUUUGCAGCAAAGAUUAUACCUAAAAGACAGUUGUGUGAGGGGGUUGCUUUUCUGCAUAGAGAAUAUGUUCAUUUGGACAUAAAACCUGACAAUUUAUUUAUAAUAAAUAAGAAAAAACCUAUCUACCUUUCACAAACCGAAUUACUUGUUAUUGGUGAUUUACAAUAUUUAUCUAGGAAAGAUAGUACUGGGAAAGUAUCAAGUGUAAUUGGUACAGAAAACUAUGUUGCUCCAGAGAUUUUACUAGAAUCUGGAACAGAAUGUACUGAUAAAGUAGAUAUGUGGUCAAUUGGAGUAACAACAUUUGGCCUUCUAUUUAAUGCAAUGCUCUAUCCAACUAUCGGAGAAAAAUGGGGAAUUCCAAAGGAACACAGGCCAGGAACUAUUCUACAGAAAACACUUAUAAUUGAUUAUUUCAUAGAACGAGAACAAAACAAACGUCUAGCUAAAGGUAGACCACGAGUGUCUUUCAAAGCAAUUGAUUUUGUAAGACAAUGCUUACAACGAGACCCGAGUAGAAGAAUAUCUGCAAAAGAUGCACUAACACAACCCAUAAGCUGGUUGUACAAAGAAAGUAUAGAAGAGGCUAUAAGGCAUGAUUUUGAAGUAAAAGGUACAUGGAGAAAAGCUACUGGAAAGGUUAUGGCACGAAAAGCAAAAAGGGAUAUUGAGAAAAAACAUGCUCAUUCCUGGCACAGUAGAAUGCAGUCAGGAUCAUCUAGCCAAGAUGGAUCUGCAGGGAAAAAGAGUAAUAAAAACGCAGAUGGUGAACACCAAGAUAAGCAUAUCUCACCUGCCCAAAAGCAACUGGAAGGGAUCCUACAAGGAAGCCUAGAACGACAUGGAAGUAAAAAGAGAAGUUCGACAGAUACAAGUGGAUCAUGCGUGUCCAUGUAG